UUAACAUUUAUAUUUGGCAUUUAUUGUAGUGUUUUACAUGUGCUAGUACCUCCUUUUUUGUUUCUUUAUCAGCUAGUGUGAACAUGCCAACACGUGAUUAUAUGCAUGUCGUGUGAAGUUAAAGAGAUAAAGAUGAAAUCAACAUUGUUGUGCCUUCAUGUUUUUGAAAAUUAUGGCAACUAAGAAUGCAUCCUUGAAUGGUGUCCAUUUUGCUAAAACAUGACUACAAAUGAGAACAGUGAUGAUUUCUGGUUUUCAUGGCUUCUGAGGAUGAUGCCAGAAAUAUGCUUAUAACACAUUUAACAACAGAAUGGUUUUAUUUUACUGGGUAAACCACUGCAGAUCAUGUAGGGAUGCUGAAUAAUGGCGGAAGCCAGUAAUAAUACGCCCGAUUAUUCUUCUGUUGAUGACAUUUCUGUUCCUUUGUCGAGACACUCGCCACACACUGAGCCUCUGCCUCUUAGAGAAAGGAGCAACAGUGACUCGAACCUGAGCCUGGCCAGUCCGCAGGAACGGUCGAAGCUUUCGGUGAACAAGAGCAAGUUUGUGUUGGGGCAGGACAGUCAUUUCGUCGUGUCGUGGGACAUAAAGGAAGAUGUGGGUGCGAUGGAUUGGAUUGAUCUAUGUCCUGCAGGUGUGUCUGACUCGACAAAGUUCUUGGACAGUAAAAACCGAGGCAUCAAUGGAGGGCAGAAAGGGGAGAUAACUUGGGACUUGGAUGACAUCAGUCACAACUUUAGUGAAGGAGUAACCAAGGUUUUCUUCAAGUAUUACCAAGGCAGUACAGGAGAAGUGGUAGCCACCAGCCCAGUAAUCAAAGUUAUUCGAUCCUCCACAGUUAAAAAGGAAUGUCAGACUCUUAAUGGAGAAACUGUACCUCAGCAAAACAAUACUUUGUUCAGGCUAAUCAUAACAGAUAUGCGUGCUCAGAAUUUGAAGAAAGGAAUGUUCUUCAACCCUGACCCGUACCUGAAGAUUGUGAUUCUGCCAGGCAAGAACGAGGAGCAGUGUCCUCACCACCUCAAUGAAAUCCGCUCCACCAUCGUACAGAACACAACAAACCCCGACUGGGAGGGACAGGAAUUCCAUCUUGAUGUUGCUCUGUCAGACAUAUUGGAUUUUGAAGUGAAAGACAAGUUUGCCAAAAGUCGACCCACCAUCAGCCGUUUUCUCGGGAAGUCUGUUAUAUCUGUCCACCGAAUCAUUGACAAGGUGUCUCAGAGUCACAACCCUGUUCUGUUCAGUCUAGAUCUCAAUCGCCGUAACCCAUCGGACAAUGUCACAGGGACUCUUAAGUUUAAAGCUGAUAUUCAGCUUUUGCUUUCUGAUCUGAACCAGGAUGCGGUCAUGUUACAGAAGAAUCACCAGAGAAAAAGCUCAUUGCCGGUGGAACUGGCCGGGAAGACCCCAACCCACUGGAGCAAUAAUUCCCGACAGCGACACACAGACCCAGGCCUCAUUGAGCACCAGUUUGAGAACAACGUGAAUAACGUGAGCCCCGUGCCGACUAAACUACUUAAAGACAAACCCGGAGUGUCAAGCACUCGCCGUGAUAUUGGUUGUGCCAGCCCCCAGAACCUAGCCGACGUGCCUAACAUUGUCUGUGGCUCGUACCACAAUCAGACGGACAGCUCCGAUUCGGGGACGUCUCUAUCUCUGGUUUCUUCAAGUGAUAAUUCAGGUGGUUCGUUGACGUACACUACGUCCACGGCGAACUCGACAGUUUCGGAGCGAGACAGCCAGUUGGGUGAGGAGAGUAGUGGGACAGAGACGGGGUCGGCAUGUCCGAGCAGUGCAGACUUGUCGGAUACCUUGAUGCUGAGUGUGGACGGCCGUUCGGAGACGGACCGGGAGGUGGAGAAUCUGACCGCGGGGUCAGGACCGUUUUCUUCACUGAACACCAGCACCACCUGCGAGUCAGACUUACGGUCACCUUCUAGUGUUGUGAAACGGGAAGGCUCCGAGCCUCCGUGUUUACCGCCAAAGACGUAUAUCGGGAAAAGCCGCGCCCCGCCCCGACCUCCGCGGACGUUUCCUCACGAUACUCAAGAUGCCCCACCGUUGCCCCCGAGGAAAGUUGCCGAUAAAUCGGGAAAUCGUUCACCUCUGUGUUCUGCCAUUUCGGCUCCGGAUAGCUUAACGCUGACGGAGGAUGCUCAAGAUCUUGCACCACCUCCUCUUCCCCCGCGGACCUACAGUCCGAUCAAUAUAUCAGCUAACGCUAGUGCUGGCACACUGACGCUGUCCUCACAGGACGACGAUGCCGAUAGAAUUAGUUUCAACAGUUUGGAGGCUUUUGCGGGCUCUCGUGAGAAUUCAAACAGUGAAAUAAUGCAGAUACUUAGUGCAGACAGUAGGCUGGUUCCUACGACUGCAUCCAGUAGAGACAAACUGAGCCCAUUGGCGGGGAGGUCGGGCCAGCAGGUGGGACUUACGGGCAGUCAGGAGGUGUUUCCGUGGGGACAGGCUUCGUCCAGUGGGUCGUCUCCUGUUAGGACUAGUGCUAGAACAAAAGUCGAUCCUCGCAGACUGAGUUCGUCAGCAGUGGGUCACGCUCAUUCGCAGCUGAAUCAGCCGAGGACGAGGAACUCCUUGCCGACGCUGUCCGAUCAGCUUGCGCUAAUUCCGUCUAUAGAAUCUGUUGUGUCGCAGCCCACGCACAAACCGCACCCGAAGGUGAGGCAUCUGAAUGCUCCCGCGGACCCCAACACUUCGCCCGUUCCAUGCGAUGCGUCCUCAGCAAGUCCGCUCCAUUCUGAACACAGCUCCAGGCAGACGUCGGUGGACAGCAUCUCGCCGCAGCACGGUUCCAGCCAGCCAGAAGUGUCGUCUCCGCCCCCGCCACGACUCCAGCCCCGCAGUAGGAUCCUGUCAGAGGAGGAGAAGCAGCAGAAUCGGCAGCACAUAGCUCAGCACCUCCAGAUGUGGACGCAGAAGCAGAGGGAGAAGUCGGGGAGCCCCAAGCGUGACUGUGACUCCCCGGGAGCGGUGGCGGCGGCAGCUGUCAGUGGUUGUGAUGAUUGUGAAGGUGUGAACUCUGUGCAGGACAGACUGCAUGGUUACUCGAUCGAGGCAAUCAAUGGCAGCACGCUCUCUGCGACCGACAAUGAUUUGGCGGAUGGGGGAGAUGUUCAUCAGGCAGGCUCUUCUGGUGCCAGCUCAGGGACGAGUGCAGAUGCCUUGGCGACUGUUAGGCCGGAGUUUCCAAGUAGGAGUCGCAGAUCAAAUAUAUCUUCUCCAGUUAGUGAAAGUGAUUCGUCGGAGUCUGGCUCCAGACCCAAAGUGCCUGCGAGGAAACCGAAAUAUCACCGCGUGGAGCAGCCUCCUGGGGAGGAACCACUACCUAGAGGUUGGGAGGCGAGAGUGGACAGUCAUGGAAGAAUAUUUUACAUUGACCACAACAACAGGACCACAACAUGGCAACGUCCACAGAUGGGACAAAGCAUUGUAGCGCAUCGGCGCCCAACUAUCAGCAAAGAACAGCGGCAGCAACUUGAUCGGAGAUAUCAAAGUAUCCGGCGUACAAUCAACCAUUCUACUGAGGCUGAAAGUACGUCAUCUGGGUCCGACUCGGCAGCCGGCUCAGCAUCUGCCUCACAGCCCAGCUUAGCAGCAGUGUCCGCAUCAGUAGUUACAACCACUUCAGCACCAUCUGCCUUUGUUCCAUCGGCCACCGCGUUACCUUCGGUCACAGCCCCCACCUCUCUGUCCUUGUCAUCCAUUCAUUCAAUCCCGCCAUCCUUCUCCUCUUCAAACGUUUUGUCCAAUCUGUCAUCCACCCCACCCUCAUCUGCAUCCGCACCCGUUUCAAACCACGUGUCCCCAUCACUGACCACCAUGGUGCCUCCCAUUACCAUGGUGCCUCCGGUUACCAUGGCUCCAGUGGUGCCGUCUUACUCUGCAGCAUCGUCAGUGACCAACACGGUAGCAGCAGCUACGACGACGACGACAAUGUCCGAGUCUUCUAGGUCUAGUCACCCCAGCGAACGCAAGCUUCCUGCCACCAAGUUCAUCUCACGGCCAGAUUUCUUAUCCAUACUUCAAGGGAAUGAGUCUGCCAUGGCCGAAUACAACAGAAACCCAUCAUUGAAACACAUGAUAAUGAAAGUCCGGCGAGAUCCAUCAUCAUUUGAAAGAUAUCAACACAAUCGAGAUUUAGUAACCUUUCUCAACAUAUUUUCUGAUACAUCACUGGAUCUACCACAAGGCUGGGAGAUGAAGUUUGAUAGAUCAGGAAAGGCGUUCUUCAUCGACCAUGCAUUACGAACUACGACAUUUGUAGAUCCGCGACUACCCACAGAUGUUCCACUGAUCAACCCAGACUUUCUACAGACUCCGGUGCCGAGAGGGGCUGGCCGUUCUACCCGCGAAUCACUUCGCUUGGACGCUCCUGUUCCCCCACCACGUUUGCCUGUCACAGAAUCUGGACCUGUUAUACCUACCGAAUACAUUGAGACACGGCCAGAAACACCUUACAAUGAAAAGGUGGUCCUUUUUCUACGACAAGCAAACGUUGAUGAAAUUCUCAAAGAGCGCUUUCCUCAAUAUUCUUCAAAUAAUUUACUGAAAGAUAAAAUCCACAAAAUCCGCUCUCAUGGCACAGAAGCUCUGGACAGACUGAGUAAUGAUAUUGAUCUCACUAUUUUACUGAGUGUAUUUGAAAAUGACAUCAUGUCGUAUGUUCCACCGGCUGCGUCUUCUCGCGCUACAGCAGUGCUUGAUGCUCAAGGUUCACCAGUCCAAAGAGUGCCGGUCCGAGUUCCAGCCCCGUACAAGAGAGACUAUCAAGCAAAGCUGCGUAACUUCUACCGGAAACUCGAGUCCAAGGGGUUCGGUCAAGGCCCGGGCAAGCUCAAGCUGACAAUGCGAAGAGACCAUGUGCUAGAAGAUGCGUUUAACAAGAUAAUGUCGACGCCGAAGAAAGAGUUACAGAAGAGCAAACUGUACAUUACAUUUGCUGGAGAGGAAGGUUUAGAUUAUGGCGGUCCAUCAAGGGAAUUUUUUUUCCUGUUGUCAAGGGAAUUAUUCAACCCAUACUACGGUCUAUUUGAGUACUCUGCAAAUGAUACAUACACCGUGCAGAUCAGUCCAAUGUCAGCGUUUGUAGAGAAUGCCCAUGAGUGGUUCCGGUUUGCUGGUCGAGUUCUCGGACUUGCUCUUGUGCAUCAGUAUCUACUAGACGCAUUCUUCACGCGACCGUUCUACAAAGCCUUACUCAGAGUGCCUUGGUCGAUUGAGGAUGUGGAGACGAUAGAUGCCGAGUUCUACCAGAGUCUGUUGUGGAUCAAAGACAAUGACAUCACAGACAUGGACCUUGACCUUAACUUUUCCGUCAGUGAGGAGGUCUUUGGGCAGGUCACAGAAAGAGAGUUGAAACCAAAUGGGAAAAAUAUUCCAGUCUCUGAGCGGAACAAGAAGGAAUACAUUGAGAAAACUGUUAAGUGGAGGUUGGAAAGAGGCGUCACUGAGCAGACCGACAGCCUUAUUAAGGGAUUCCAUGAGGUGAUAGAGACACGCCUGGUGACGGUGUUUGAUGCCAGAGAGCUGGAGCUAGUGAUAGCGGGAACUGUGGAGAUUGAUAUAUCGGACUGGAGGAAGAACACAGAGUACAGAUCAGGAUACCACGACCAGCACCCAGUGAUCCAGUGGUUCUGGGCAGCUAUAGAGAAGUUUGACAACGAGCGCCGUUUGAGACUGUUGCAGUUUGUGACUGGCACCUCGAGCAUCCCGUAUGAAGGCUUCUCCGCUCUCCGAGGCAGCAAUGGGCCGCGCAAGUUCUGUAUUGAAAAGUGGGGCAAGGUCUCAAGUCUUCCCAGAGCUCAUACCUGUUUUAAUCGACUUGACCUACCACCAUAUGCAAACAGUGAUAUGCUUUUUGAGAAGCUUGUGAUGGCAGUCGAGGAGACAAGUACUUUUGGAAUAGAGUGAUCACGUCUUUCAUCGUUGUUUGUCAGGUGACAAGACGAGUACUUUCAGAGGAGAUCAGUAUAUUUCAAAUAGAGUGAUCAAGUCUUUCAUGGCUUCGUGUCAACAGACAAGAUUACUACGUUCAGAGGAGACGAGUACAUUUGGAACAGAGUGAUCACGUCUUUCAUCGUUGUUUGUCUACAGACAAGAUUACUACAUUCAGAGGAGACAAGUAUGUUUGAAUUCAUCACUUCAUGUCUACGGACGAAACCACUUUGUUUAAGAGGAGACAAGUACUAAGAGAGAUCACGUCUUUCAUCACUUCAUGUCUACGGACGAAACCACUUUGUUUAAGAGGAGACAAGUACUAAGAGUGAUCACGUCUUUCAUCACUGCUUAUCCACUAAAGAGACUGCUAUUUAGAGGAUGACAAGUGUGUUCGGAAUAGAGAAAUUUAAUUUUUCAUCUCCUCGUGUCUGCCGAAGAGACCCCCUGCAUUCAGAACUGAAUUAUCCCGUCUUUCAUUGUUAAUCCUUCACUUGUGUGCUAUUUAUUAUUAAAUAUAUACCAGGCCCUGUGCUUAUAAAACUUUUACAGACUUAACUCAGGUCUGUAAUAGAGUCUGAGACUUUAACGUCAUGGCAACGCCAUACAAAUUGAAUGCCUUCGAUGUUAUUAGAGAUGAGUCUAGACUCUAGGCGUUUUGUAAGUACGGGCCCAGAUGCCAUGGGUGACAGAACAAGCCUGUUAAUAAUUUACAUAUACCACUGGUCUUUACUGCUCACUGAUUAUGACAGGGGCAGAUCUAAGGGGCAAAUGGGGUCCAUAACACCCUCCCAUUUCUUUCUGGUUUAUUUUCAUUAAAGCACUGACUACGCAUUUAAAUAAAGAGUUUGUAUCUCGCGUAAAUACCAGGUAGCUUUAGAUAAUCAGAAUGAGAUGGUCGUCCAUUUACCUGGAGGACCUCGCUGGUACGAGAGAUCCCGUUUUAGAAUUCUCCUCUUCUCCCUCAGAAAUCCUAAAUUCACCCUUGAACAACGGCUUUGUACUGGGGGGGGGGUUACUUAAUUUUUCAGUUACUUUGGAAUUCAUGCUUAUAUCCACUUGGUGUUUAACCACACUGUGCUGGACACACAUGUCAGUUGUCUGUCUGUUGAUCUAUAGAUGGGUAUACUCAACAAAAUUAAUUAUGGGUCAGUGCAUAUUUUCUGGAUUUAUUUCUUUAAAUAUGGUAAAAAAGAAGAAGAAAAAAAGACUUUGUGGUGUAGUGGUUAAGCUAUUGGUAUGUACCAGGUUCGUGUCCCAUCUGAGGCAGUGGGGCAUGUUUUUGUUUCAAUACUGCUAGGCUAUUUGGGGAGAUGUAAUGCUGCAAUCACCAACCUGAGUGUAUGACCCCCAUGGUGGGGGGGAGAUGAUUACCCGACAGACACUGCAGGUUCCAUGUAUCCGAGAUCGCUCAACUGACAUCAUGCAUGGAGCAUGACCCUGUCAAGUAGUCCUAAAUGAAAAUGGAAAGACUGCAGAUUCACCAUUCAUCUCAUCAUCAUAUAUGUUCAUGUCCAAGGAAAAGUCCAAGUCUCUAUGUUUAAAUUUGUUGGUGGGUUUUGGGGUUGUUGUUUUUUUAAAUAAAUAAUUAAGUAUAAAAAAAUAGCCAGUUCAUUUCCUUGGUUGUUAUGAGGUCUACCAGCUGCUUUUUAGAAUAUAAUGUUCUGAUUUCUUUACAGAUUAAUUGAACUGUUUUAGGACAUGCUUAGCAUGGUUAUUUGUUGUGGAUAAGCAGUUUUCCCUGCUAAUAAAAUAAACGAGAAUUAUAACUGAAAGCCAAAUGAGUUCAGCAUUACCGUUUAAAGCCAAACAUUAACAAGGUUACAACAGAUGUACAUACUUCACAUUCAUUUACAUGGAAUUUCAGUACCGUUUAUUCUUGUUGCCAUUGUCAUUUUAAUUCAUUGGAAAUAUAAAUUUUUUAAUUACUUUUUUGUCUUAAAUUUUAUUGAAG